AGCACUGGUAAGCUGCACGGAGAGAUCUGCGGGACAUAACUCUUUUGGAUAGUCAAACGAUGCCCUCCCCUCUCCAGGAUUGCUUACACGAAUUCAGCGGAUUUACAAAUGAUUAUUAAUGGAUGAUCUUCGAUGAUAAAGGAUAUAAUUUUUGGAUUACCCUGGAGCGCAACGCUGACGGCGUGAUACAAACAGAAGGGAGACCUACAGAGAGUUUUGGUGCCAUGACCUCCGGCGACUUUUGAUCACCUCUCUUCGUGCCAAGAACCUGUGGAGCCAUUACCACACCUGCGUUUCUGAGCUGUCCUGCUGGGUCUACACCGUUGCGAUGAAGAAAGCUUUUCUUAUCCUCCAUCUCAUCCUGCUGUUGUCUCAGUUAUGCAGUGGAAUCAAAUGGCUGGCCUUGUCCCAGACGCCCUCCAGUAUGCACAUCAACAAGACCCAGCACUGCAAGGUGCUCCCCGGCCUGGUGAACUCCCAGGCCCAGCUGUGCCGCAGCAACCUGGAGCUCAUGCAGACCAUCAUCCAUGCCGCCCGCGAGGUCAAGAAGACCUGCCAGAAGACCUUCACAGACAUGCGAUGGAACUGCUCGUCCAUCGAUUCGCCCAAGUACCUGCCGGACCUGGAGCGAGGUACGCGAGAGGCUGCGUUUGUGUACGCGCUGUCAGCGGCGGCCAUUAGCCACACCAUAGCGCGGGCGUGCACGUCGGGCGACCUGAAGCUGUGCACGUGCGGGCCGAUCCCGGGCGAGAUUCCCGAGCCGGGCUACCGCUGGGGCGGCUGCGCGGACAACCUGCACUUCGGCCUGGUGGUGGGCUCCAAGUUCUCCGACGCGCCCAUCAAGAUGAAGAAGAAGUCCGGCGGCUCGCACGCCAACAAGCUCAUGCACCUGCACAACAGCGAAGUGGGACGGCAGGCUCUGAGGGAUGCUCUGGUGAUGAAGUGUAAGUGCCACGGCGUGUCCGGCUCCUGCUCCAUCCGCACCUGCUGGAGGGGGCUCCAGGACCUCAAGGAGGUGGCCAUGGACCUGAAGACCAAGUACCUGUCGGCCACCAAGGUGGUGCACCGGCCCAUGGGCACUCGCAAGCAGCUGGUGCCCAAGGACAUCGACGUCCGGCCGGUCAGGGAGAACGAGCUGGUCUACCUGCAGAGCUCACCGGACUUCUGCGCCAAGAACGACAAGCUGGGCUCUUUCGGCACACAAGACCGACAGUGCAACAAAACGUCCAGCGGGAGCGACAGCUGUGACCUGAUGUGCUGCGGCCGUGGCUACAACCCGUACUCGGAGCAGCUGGUGGAGCGCUGCCACUGCAAGUACCACUGGUGCUGCUACGUCACCUGCAAGAAGUGCGAGAGGACUGUGGAGCGAUACGUCUGCAAGUGACCGCCGCCGCCCGCCCGCGCCUCUCGGAGAGAGCCUCGCUCCAUUCUCUUCUCCUCUUCGUCAUCCUCAUCCUCUUCCUCACCCUGAUCCCCAGCCCAACUCUCCUCGGCCUGUCGAAGCCACAUCCAUCCCUCAUCUGUCCACAGCCAGCCCCCCCCAAUACCCUCACACACCCCUGUGCCCACACCUGGUCCUGGAUAUGCCCCAGCAACAGCCCAGCUCCCUUGGGUCCACUUUACCCAGACAGCCCUCCCCUCCUACAGUACCUCCACGCAGCAAUGACACCAACUCAACCAUUCUCACCCCUGCAGAUUACCAAAGCACUAUGAUACCAAGAAAGGCUUAAUUUUCUCUUAAGCUUCUCAGUGUGUAUAUUUUUUUUUCUCAGAGAAACGUUUUAUUUUUUAACAAAAUGCACGAACCAAAAAGCUGGACUUUUUUUUCCAGUUUUACAAACCAGAACAGAGGUGUUGUGCCAAUGCCUUUUUUUUUUUUUUUUUUUUUUUUUAAGACCACCGUCCUUUUUUUUCUUUUCCUGCUCGCCAAAUGCUCUUACUCUUUCCACGCAAGGACACCAGAAAAGUCUAUUUUCAUACAGUUUUAGCGAGAUGAGAUUGCGUUGGAUAUCAUUUCUAAAGGAAGUCCUGAGGUAUCUUUAUGGCUGGACACCAGGCGAUUGCUAUCCCCAGUUUGCCUGAUUCUGCCUUGGACUAUGUUCUGUUCCUCAGGACUGUAUCUUGGAUUGGGCCGAGGUCUGAGGAAAUCUUUGGGUAUUCAUUUCAAAUGGUACUUUGCUUCUCCAACUGAUAGAACACAGACUGAAAAAGACUCCAAGGAGAGAGAGAAAAAGACUGAAAGAUAGAAAGAGAGAGAGAGAGAGGAAGAAAUAGAGUGAGAGUGGAGAAGAGGUGCUGCAAAGGGAAUUUCAAGAACAGUUCUCAGACUUGAAACUGUCAAUUUUAGCUCUAUUAACUUUUCAGGUCUGAGGCAUGUUUUGGGGAACUAUCUGCAUUUUUAUGUUGUCUGCUCUGGCAGAAGGACAAGGAUCUGUAAGUGUUUGCGAUGUUUUAUUUUUUAUUUUUUUGCGUGUAACACACAAUGGAAGCCCCCAGAUAGAAACCAGCUAGGGAAUGGGUCUGAUCCUGAUGUUGCACAGAACCGGCAGAACUGGGCCUGAUCCGGCUCAGACCCGGACAAAGGUCCGCAGGUAUCGGGGAUGGGGAACCUAUUGCUAACCCUUUCAGAGCAUGUGAACAGAGUGUGUGGGCUUUAGUACGACCACAUAAUGGAACCACUUCUAUGUGGAUGUAAAUACUGUACUGUUUUUUGUAAGCUGAAUUAAAAACAAAGAUAUUUAUAAACUAAUUAAAGAUUCUUUACCAAA